AGCACGGCGGUAGGGAUGUAAUGCCAAAGGGGGUACACACGAACCAGAAGGAAGAAGCUCCGUUUUAGCCCGAGUUAGUGACACCUGUUGCUCGGUAGGAAACAUCCGUGGUUGACGGGAGCAUGGCCGGUUCGUCCGAAGUUAAGACGCUUUUAUCACGACACAAGGCGUCACUACUCCGUGAAUUAAAUACAACCGAUUUGCUGAGUGUAUUAGUUAAACGUUGUGUUAUAACUGAAAUUGACAAGGACGCGGUUGCUGGUAACGCCGAUAGAUCCGCUGUUGCGGACAUUGAUCUAUUUAUCGACGUCAUCGGGGCUAAGGGGUUCGAUGCAUUCAGGGAAUUCUGUUUUGCACUUGAGGCCGAGUGUCCCCAUGUUCUCACGGAUCUACUUGUUGAUCAACACAGCCUUACCGGGGAGCAUCAACAGCAAGACUGUGAAGAGGAGGAGGCGAAGCGUGAGCAGAAGCUUAGAGAGCAGGAGGCUGAAGACGAGGAGGACAUAAAGGUUGUUAACACCAUGGAAACGCCAACGCCGAGGGAACUCGACGAGCCCAGUGGUGCUGACAUUAAUGGCAGCGGAGAGUCCGACGACUGCAUCAAAGAGUGCCCGGAAGUGGUUGAGCCACGCCGUUGGAGCAAUUAUCCCGAGAGUCAACGAAACGGUUCAAUAUCCCCGGAUCCAUCAGGAACUCCACCACCGCCACCAGCAAAUUAUCGUCCGGCAAAUGCCCUUCCAAACGGCGUGAUACCAACAACUGAACCCAUUCUCGAGGUAUUGGACGAGCCGGUCGAUGAACCCGUUGGUGACCGAGGAUGGGAGGUGCACCACGUGACAGUGACCCGCGUCCCCGGUUACGGUUUCGGUAUCGCAGUGUCCGGCGGCCGAGACAAUCCCCACUUCACGAACGGCGACCCAGCGAUAGCGAUAUCAGACGUUCUGAAGGCGGGUCCAGCGGAGGGAAAGCUCCAGGUUAACGACAGAAUAAUCUCCGCGAACGGAGUGUCCCUGGAGGGUGCGGACUACGGAGCGGCUGUGCGAGUCCUUCGGGACUCGGGCUCCACAGUUCUCCUCGUGGUGAAGCGCCGGGCCCUGGGAAACAGCCCGGGCUCCCCGGCGAGUACGCCGCAGAGUCACCGGCUGACAUUAACGAGAAACAACAAGAAAGACGACUUCGGCAUAGUCCUGGGAUGUCGUCUGUACGUUCGCGAAGUGACACGCGAGGGGACCGGGGCAAAACCGGGUGACAUUGUCACCAGAAUCGGUGGAGUAGCGGCUGACAACAUGAGUCUCAAGGAGGCCCGGAAGAUGAUGGACCAGUGCAAGGACAGAUUAUCGAUCGUAGUCACCAGAGACACCCCGACCUCCACCGGAUAUCCACCAGGGAAGGGCGAGGGGGGCGAGUACUUGUCAGGUGCGAGCUACAGCAGUCAGAAUCUCUACGUUCCCCCGCCGACCCGUCAGCCCAUCGAGGACAAGAGUAAUCUGGCCCCGAGGGGGCGCUCCAGAGGACCAUUAAUGGAUGUAUCACUGAGCCAGCUGGAUCUGCCAGCCACACCCACCGUGGACCCACCGAGACCCCCUCCCCCGAGGCUGGAAGAUUACUACAGCUCGAGGAGACAGAUUUACGACGAGGAUCCUCUCGUCCAGCGGUCAAAGCAGCCGAUGCCAGACCCUCGGUUCAUUACCUUUCAGAAGGAGGGCUCCGUAGGGGUGAGGCUGACUGGAGGCAAUGAGACUGGGGUCUUCGUGACAGCUGUGCAGCCCGGGAGUCCGGCGUCCCUCCAGGGCCUCCAGCCUGGCGACAAAAUUCUCAAGGUCAAUGAUAUGGACAUGAAGGGAGUGACCAGGGAGGAGGCUGUGCUGUUUCUUCUCAGUCUUCAGGAGCAGAUUGAUUUGAUAGUUCAGCACAGGAGGCAGGACUACGAGCAGAUUGUCGCCUCUGGAAGGGGCGACUCAUUUCACAUUAAAACGCAUUUUCAUUAUGAACAGCCGGAGAAGGGGGAGAUGAGCUUUCGCAGUGGUGAUGUUUUUCAUGUUGUUGAUACACUUCACAAUGGGGUCGUUGGAUCCUGGCAGGUAUUCAGGAUUGGGAGAAAUAAUCAGGAGGUGCAGAAGGGCAUUAUUCCAAAUAAGGCGAGGGCUGAGGAGCUCGCCACUGCUCAGUUUAACGCUACCAAAAAGGAAUUGAGUGCUAGUGAGAGUCGCGGCAGUUUCUUCAGGCGGAGGAGGGGCAGUCAUCGACGAUCGAAGUCACUCGGUCGUGAUCACUGGGAUGACGUUGUCUUCUCGGACAGUGUCAGUAAAUUUCCGGCGUAUGAGAGAGUUGUUCUCAGACAUCCGGGCUUCAUCAGGCCGGUUGUGCUGUUUGGACCCGUUGCCGAUCUCGCUAGGGAGAAAUUGCUUAAGGAUUUUCCGGAUAAAUUCACAUCUCCUCAAAUGGAAAGCCAGAUGGAGGAUGGGGGAAAGAGCACGAAGACGUCUGGGAUCAUUCGGUUGAGUGCCAUUAGAGAAGUGAUGGACAGAGGAAAGCAUGCCCUACUGGACAUAACUCCUAAUGCUGUUGACAGACUGAAUUAUGCUCAGUUUUAUCCAAUAGUCAUAUUUCUGAAGGCAGAAACUAAGCAAGUGGUAAAGGAAAUGAGGGCAGGGAUACCAAAGUCGGCGCACAAAAGCAGCAAGAAGCUUCUCGAGCAGUGUCAGAAGCUUGACAAAAUAUGGGGCCACGUGUUCAGCGCUGUAAUAACUCUGACUACCCCUGAGGCGUGGUACAGAAAGCUCAGAGAGUUAAUAGACCGUCAACAACAGGGCCCCCUGUGGAUGAGCCAGACAAAGCCGGAAGAGGCCCUCUCGGAUGACUUCCUCUUCCCGAUGACAUCACGCCUCUCCUACGCCUCCUCCCCGGAGAGUGAUCUGGAAUUAAGCCCAGCACCCCCCAUUCCCGGUGCCCUGGGGCCACCUGCGAGGCUUAAAAGUAGCUCAGAUCCAAGUAUCGCUACUCAGGAUGAUACCACUGCACCCCCACCAUACACAUCAAGCUAUCAGGCUUUCGAGCAGCACAAACGAGCCCAGGGAGCGCCAACGGACAGCAAAUACGGUUUCUCCAUGUCUAGCCCGAUGAACGAACAGCCAGGACUGCCGCAGUACCCAGUGCAGCCCCAGACUCGAUCGCCCCCUCAAGGGCCUCCGGAUCUCCCCCCAAGAGUCGACAGAAACGUCAAACCCACGAGUCAGACACCACGAGGUACAAUUGGACGAUCGGCUGCUGACAGAUUGCUGAACAAAACCGACUCCGUCCUCGACAUGGGGAACUACAUCAACGCAACUCCCCAUCGAGCCAACGCCACGUCCUCCCUCGAGAGGACUCAACCCAAAACUGGAAGCUAUGACAGCAUGUCUUCUUACGAUUCCUAUAACAACACCAAUGGGAAUGCUACGUACACUGCAACGGGGAUCAACACUUCCUCUGGGAGACUCGGUCCCAAUGUCCCGGAUGAUCUCAAGACCGGAAGUAUGCCGGGAACACAGAGGGCUCAUGACCCUUACAGGUUCACCAGAUCCACUGCCCAACCUAUCAAUAGCCAGGAUUCGCAGACUAGGACUGACUACGCCAAGUACAGCCGAACGGGAGAGCAUAACAAAGUGAUACCCACGACACCGGGAAAACCGUCCGGGGGCACUUACAAGCCCGUACCACCCCCGAAACCCAAGAACUAUCGUCCCCCACAGCAGCCGAUCGUUCAGGAUGAGAGCAACGGGGGGAGCAUGUAUCAACAUGCCAAGAGUUACUCCAUGAAUGCUUCACAUCUUCAUAAUGGGACUGAAAACGGUGGAAACAUGCAGCGCAAUAGUGGACAGUACUACUACAACAUCCCUCCACCGAACCGCAACGAUGGAAAUUACCUGAUGAAUUCCAAUCACACCCACAAUCACACGCCACCAAAUCACAGUCAUUCCCUCAGUCACACUCAUCCACAUUCCAAUCCACCGAUAACCGCCCACUCUCACAGCAACAGCGUGGGUCAGCUCACACUGGGGCACACGCAUAAUCGCAACACAGCGAAUGUCAAUGGGCACAGCCACAGCAACAGUCACGUGGGUACAGUUCAUCCCUCGGGAGGGAAUUCCGGGCACAAUCGCGAGGCCAGUGGAUUGGAUCUGGCUGGGAGUCGCGAGCAACGAGGGAGUGCUUUCGAAUUGUACCGAAAACCACCGCUGCAUCAUCACAAUGUCAGGAGCACUGGGGUGGCACGUGGGUUGUUCGAUAGCGAGGGUGGUGUCCUCGAGGGACCGGGUGGGGUCAGUUUAACAAUACCCCCGGGUGCACUAGCCCCAAAUACACGACAAGAGAUCUACUUCGCGGUCACAACUCCGCAUGCUAUUGAAUCACAUAACAACGAUCAUCGUCGCACAUCUAUCUCACCGCCAAUGCACCAGGGUGAAUCUUUAUUAAGUCCCGUAGUGGAGUGUGGACCACGAGGACUCGAGUUCAAGGUUCCAGUUGACCUAAGGAUCCCCCACAAUGCAACACCAGCUCACAAACUAGCCCUAAAAGCUAUAGACGUUGAUGCAACGUCCAGCAGCGAUUGGCUGGACGUCAAACUGCCAGAGCCCACGUCGGAUCAUAUACUCGUUAAACUCGAUCAUUUCUAAUACCCUAGACUCUAUCACCUAGACACUAUCAAUUCAAAGUAAGAAUCAAUGCUUAUUCUCUGUGAGAAAAUGUCGAAUAUUGUUUAUACAUAAUUCCCAAUCAUUUAUUCCCCUGCGAUUACUCGAUUGUAUUCGGUAGAAAGGAGAGCAAGGCUGAAAUACCAAAUGAACAGAGUAUAUCGAAUUAAUACUAGAGUUAAAUGAGAUUAAAUGAGAGAAAACAUAACGGCAUUUAUUAUGCAAUCUUGCUCGCACAUUUUUUUUCUCCCCCAUUUUUUUUUUGUUGUACGCAUCGUUGGCUCUUGAUCCUUUAUAUGUGAGAAUAAGUCAGCAGUUAAUAUCUAAUACGUUUCAUUGUUUUAUUUUUUACGCAUUUUUAUUUGUUUAUUGAGAUUAUUUUGACUACAGCGAUAUGUAGAGGAAAUAAUGCAUUUUUGAAAGCAAUACUUGGUGAUAAUUUUGGCGUACUACGGUCUGUGGUCGAGACUGUAGAGGGCUUAAUAAAUUUAUUAUACAUAAAUAUUAUGUAGGUCUAAGGUUCCUUUCUUACUUAUUGAGGAGAGCUCAAUUGUUGAUCUAGACAAGUGAACUUAUUACUACCGAUUGAAUGUUUAUUUGUAUGAAUAAAUAAAGAUCUGCAAAGUUUAUGGAAA